AUGGGAUUGAAUGAAUCUUUUAAUCAGGUUUGUGGCCAAAUUAUGAUGAUGGAUCUGAUACCCUCUAUCAAUGUUAUGUUAUCGAUGGUUACACAAGAUGAGAAGAAAAAAGAGGUAACUUCCACAUUGAAUCCCACUGAAACACCUAUGGCAUGUGUUGUUCAAGCUAACAAUAUGAAUAACUUUAAUAAAGAUCGACCUACAUGUGCUCAUUUUGGUGUCACUGAUCACAUUAAGGAGAAUUGCUUUAAGCUUCAUGGCUACCCCCGGAUACAAGAAACCUCAAAGCGUCAAGAAUGGGAAUCAAAGGUGACCUCAUUUCAGGUUUAUACAUGCUUAAAGUUGAUGCUAUUCAACAACUCAAAAUCUUACCUUAUCCUAAUUCUAUUUCUUCUGUAA